AAUACAAGGGUUGAAUUUAGGGAUAUUUAACUCGGAAGUUGGAUAGGGAGUGUGAUGAGAAAUAAAGGCACACCUAGCGAAAACAACAACGGAGCCAAUCCAAUUUUGCUUGUACGUCACGCAGCCGGAAAAUACGUAGAGUCAUAAGAUAUCUCGCCAAAACGCAGCCGGCAAACAGCGACGGCGUGAACUCGCCUCCGCAAAUCCUCACAGAUACACACAAGCCGUAAACACUGCUGGAAAACGCGGAGACAUUUACCAAAUUUUAAAGCGACCCAGAGCGAGUUUCGCCGCACAAGAUGGUGGAUGGAUUCGUAGUCGUGCCGAACACAGAUAUCGACAUUGAGCGGAAUAUUCGGAUUGUAAUCCUCGGGGAUAGCACGGUUGGAAAGACAUGUCUGCUGCUGCAGUUAUGUUACAAGAGCAACACCAUGUCCAGAAAGCACCUCGAAUCCAUCUCAAAUAACUAUGUCGCGAACAUUAUCGUGGAUGGCAAAGUGUAUAAGCUGGAACUUUGCGAUGUGGACAAUCUAGACACGAAGAUUUCCAAGCCGUUCAGCGACACGGAUGUGUUUUGUUUGUGUUUUUCUGUGGGAGACAUGGACUCGUUCCGCCAUGUUGAGAAUAAGUGGUAUGCAGAAGUGAAAAACUGCUCGCCGAAUUCUCCCAUCAUUGUCGUCGGCACAAAGACGGAUUUGAGGGAAAACGAGAAUAAGAAGCGAGGAAAAAAGGAUGACGACUCUCCGACAGCUAUUGUGAGCGUGAAGGAGGGAAGAAAAAUGGCAAAGAAACUCGGCGCUAAGCGGUAUUUAGAGUGCUCUGCUCUUACACAGAAAGGAUAUGUGGAAGUUUUCACGGAAGCAGUGAAGGUCUGCGUUGCUCCAAAAAAGGGAAAGAAAAAAUGCAUUAUUUCGUGAUGAGGAUAGCUGAAAGGGUGUAGUUACAGCUAAAUCAGCGUUUGCUAAAUUGUGGAAUAAAGAAACAUGCACAAUUAUAGCAACAACAUCCAGAAAAAAAAAUCGGUGUUGGAGGUCAAACGACAGUUUCGAAAGGUGCAGAGCAUUUUACGAAAGGUCAAGGAAAUAUUGAACAAUAAUAAAGAAUAUCAUAGGGUGAAAAAACAAUGGAAAAAUUGAGAUUGUAGGAUUAGGGUAUAAAAUGUUAGAGACAGAACGCGGUUAUGAAAUUGAGAACAGCGAAGAUAAUUUAGAUUGCAAAUGUAGGUUAAAAAAAUGCAAAAAUGGACUGAAAGGCGUAUUUCGUAUCGAAUUACCGUAAAGCCAGACGCUUCUUAUUUAUUUAAGGACUAAAAAAUGAACCGGGUAUCGGUUCCUUAGAGAACACAAAUAAAGUAAUUGUCAUUUAAUAUGCGACCUAAAUGAUUUUUUUCACAAAUAAUUUAUUUUCUUAUCCAUAAUUAUUUUAGCCUGACAACCAUUUUGUACGGCGAAAGAGUUUCGAGUGAUUUUAGAAAUGGAUUUUGAUGGUCCAAAAAGGAUUAUGUUCAAACUGUCAACACUCGCGAGUGAUUAAAUAGAUUAUAUGGACUUAAAGAGCUAUAAAAAAUGUAAAAUUAUUCAGACGAAGCGACAAAUGCGAGUAAAGUCGGUUAGUCUCUCAGCUUGGGGGCUACGAAAUAAACUUUUCUCAUAGAGACGCUAUUCAAAUCUCAACUGUUGUUAUCCGCCCAGAUCAACACAAAGUCGGAAGGUAAUUGCCUGGGUCAGUAUCAGGAAAUUUCGGUUAUCACAAAGUGUACUGUACACAGAUGGAAAAAGGACAAUGAUUUACAAAAGCAAGACAAAUAUUAUUUUGUAAAUAUAUCAAUGUUUGUCGUAGAGAGAUGUACGAAAACAAAAUAAAAGUCGCUGUAAUUAA